UCAACAACGGAGAGACGAGAAACUUGAAAACUGGUGCCAGGCUUGCUUUACUUUCGUUGACAGGCUGCUGUCAAGAGCUGUACUGGAGCUGAAAAUGGUGUGGCUGCUGUUAUCUUUGGGACUGCUUGCACCAGAACUGGCCCAAGGCUGGCUAUUCAGCAGAAAACGUCUGGACCCUGAAGUUAACAUGAAUAUUAGUGAGAUCAUCGGGCACUGGGGUUAUCCAGCUGAAGAGUUUGAGGUGGUCACUGAUGAUGGCUACAUCCUCAGCAUCAACAGAAUCCCACAUGGAGUCAAUAACACAGCUUUGCAAGAUCCUAAGCCUGUGGUGUUCCUCCAGCAUGGUCUUCUGGCUGCAGGGAGUAACUGGGUUUCCAAUCUCCCCAGCAACAGCCUUGGCUUCCUCCUGGCUGACACAGGGUUUGACGUGUGGCUGGGUAACAGCCGAGGAAACACUUGGUCAAGAAAACAUGUCAGCCUCAGCCCUAAACAAAAUCAAUACUGGAAGUUUAGCCGUGAUGAAAUGGCUAAGAAGGACCUUCCAGCAGUGAUAAACUUCAUCACAAAAACCACAAAGCAGGAUAAGAUCUUCUAUGUUGGCCAUUCUCAGGGUACCACUAUAGCUUUCAUGGCAUUUUCCACAAUGCCAGAGCUGGCUAGCAAAAUCAAGAUGUUUUUCGCUCUGGCCCCUGUAGCCACUGUAGCCUUCACAAGCAGUCCAAUUACCAAACUAAGCAUCCUUCCAGAACCAUUGAUUUGGAAUCUCUUUGGACAGAAAAGCUUUUUUCCUCAAAAUAAACUCCUCAAAUUUUUUGCAACAAAAUUCUGCAGCAAGAAACUGGUUAAUGUGUUGUGUCGAAACAUAAUGUUCCGCCUGUUUAACUUUGACAAGAAGAACCUAAACAUGACGAGAAUACCUAUGUACAUCACACACACUCCAGCUGGAACAUCUGUGCAGAACAUGGUGCACUGGACUCAGGCUUUGAAAAGUGGGAAACUACUGGCAUACAACUACGGAGCACUUGGAAAUUUGGUUCAUUACAAGCAGUUUACCCCUCCUCAGUACAAUGUGAAGGACAUGAAGGUGCCCACAGUGCUGUGGUCAGGAGGGCAAGACGUCCUGGCAAAUCCAAGAGAUAUUGCAAUGCUGCUCACACAGAUUCCUAACCUGGUGCACCAUCACCGCAUCGAGCACUGGGGACACCUGGACUUCAUCUGGGGUCUGGAUGCUCCACACAUGAUGUAUAAUGAACUGAUCAAGCUGAUGAGGAAGGAUGUGUGAUCAUUUCCUUUUCACUCUCUGUAAUUGUGCUAAAAACUUGCUGCUUUUAAACUAUAAAACAACCACCAGCAUAUAAGUUUGCAUUCCAUUAUGCGGGCACCAGAAAAUAAAAUCAAAGGGCCAUGUAGCAAUUUUGCUGUACUUGAAUACAACAUGACUACACGGCCCAUCAGUGAGCUCAUCAAAGUUGCCUUUUUUGAAAGGAUCGGUUAAAUUACUUUGUAAUCAGUGGACCUACAAAGCAAAAAUUGAUGCAACAUUUUUUUUACAAUCCUGUUGUUUCCAAAAAAGUUGUGCAAAAUGAAAAUAGAAUCAGAAAGCAAUAACGUGCAUUUAAACACUAUGUUUAUUUGAAAAUAGUGCAAGGAUACCAAAUGUUGAA